AUGGAACAAAGACAAUGCAAAGCAUGGAGGGAGCGACAACGUUGGUUUGCCUUUAUGCUUGUUUUGGAUGUGCUAUGGAGCGGAGCUUCUGCACAAAUUAGAUAUUCAAUUUCGGAGGAGGUUCAGGAUGGGACCGUUGUUGGGAAUAUAGCUAAGGAUCUGGGACUAGAUAAGAGUGCACUCAAAGAUAGAGGAUAUCGCAUUGUAUCAGGUUCAACUGAACCCCUGUUUCAGGUUAAUCAAAAUGACGGUGUCUUGUAUGUGAAAAGAAAAAUAGACAGGGAAGAUGUGUGCGAACGGACCAGCCCAUGUUUGAUCAAUUUGAAAACCGUGCUAGAAAACCCGCUGGAGAUUCACUACGUCGCAGUGGAAAUACUUGAUAUCAACGAUCACUCGCCUGUUUUUCCAGAAAAAGAAAAACGUCUUGAGAUUUCUGAAUCAGCCUUACCAGGAGCGAGAUUUCAACUGCAGGCGGCGCGAGACCCUGAUGUUGGCCAGUUCUCAGUUCAGCAAUAUACACUCAGCCAUACCGAAUAUUUUAGAGUAGAAGUCAAGGACAGAGGCGAGGACCGUAAAGUCCCAUUUUUAGUUCUGCAGAAGCAGCUCGAUAGAGAAACAGGCGGGAGACAUAAACUUCGCCUCACAGCCAAUGAUGGAGGAAAACCGGUCAAGUCUGGCGCUAUAGAAAUAAUUGUGGAUGUACUUGAUGUUAAUGACAACUCUCCGGUGUUUACCAAAGAUAUUUAUUCUGCUACACUUAAAGAAAACGUUGCUGUCGGCACUGUAGUGAUCCAGGUCAAUGCAACAGACUCGGAUCAGGGUGCAAAUGGGGAAAUAAUAUAUUCAUUUGGUAACGAAGUUGAUUUAAAAUUAAUGGAUCUCUUCAGUAUCGACCCACACACUGGUGAGAUUCAAGUAACAGGUCAGAUUGAUUUCGAAGAAAGUAGGAGUUUUGAAAUUGACAUACAGGCGUCUGAUAAGGGGCCAGUUCCUCUCACAACUGAUAGAAGUGUUAUGAUAAAUGUUAUUGAUGUUAAUGAUAAUGCUCCUGAGAUAGAAGUGACAUCAUUUUCGAGGUCUAUUCAGGAAGAUUCAAAGAUAGGGACUACAGUGGCCCUAAUUAGUGUCAGUGAUUUAGAUUCUGGGCUCAAUAGUAAGGUCAUUUGCACAAUCAGCCCAGAUGUUCCUUUUACAUUAUCUCCAUCAUUACAAGAAAACAUGUACGCUGUGGUUACAAAGUCGAAGUUGGACAGGGAAAGUAUUUCACAAUAUGAUGUCACAAUAAUUGCACAGGACACGGGUAGCCCAUCUUUUUCAACCGAAAAGACAAUAAGCGUCAUCUUAUCAGAUGUUAACGACAACAGUCCGGAGUUUUCGUCAAGCCCCUAUACAUUUUAUAUCACGGAGAAUAACACCCCUGGCGCCUCAGUAUUUUCAGUGAAAGCGCGUGAUCGUGAUGAAAGUGAUAAUGCUCUAAUUUCCUAUCACAUUUUGAGAAAUGCGAGUGGAGAUAAUAAAUUGAGUUCAUUUCUAAACAUAAAUACAGAGAAUGGAGAUAUUUUGGCGCUAAAAAGUUUUGACUUCGAGACCAUGAAAACGUUCCACUUCCAAGUUGUUGCUACAGAUUCUGGAACUCCGUCACUAAGCAGCAACGUCACAGUGAACGUGUUCAUUCUGGAUCAGAACGACAACGCUCCAGUCAUCCUGUAUCCAGUCAGCUCCAACGGUUCUGCUGAAGGUGUGGAGGAGAUUCCCCGCAAUGUCAACGCAGGACACUUGGUGACUAAAGUCAGAGCCUAUGACGCUGAUAUAGGAUAUAACGGCUGGUUACUGUUUUCACUGCAGGAAGUUACUGACCACACUCUCUUUGGUUUGGACCGCUAUACAGGACAGAUCAGAACACUUCGCUCAUUCACAGAGACAGACGAGGCUGAGCAUAAACUGGUCAUACUGGUGAAAGACAAUGGCAACGUUUCACUCUCAGCAACAGCUACUGUGAUUGUCAAAGUUGUGGAGCCCAAAGAAGCUUUUGCAGCUUCUGAUGUUAAAAGUGCAGCAAAGGAUGAGGAGGGGAAUGAUGUGACUUUUUACUUGAUGAUAACUUUGGGCUCAGUGUCUGUUCUUUUCAUCAUUAGUAUCAUCGUGCUGAUUGCCAUGCAGUGCUCCAAAACUACAGACUAUACUUCAAAAUAUCUACAAGAGACCAAUUAUGAUGGGACACUGUGUCACAGCAUCCAGUACAGAUCAGGAGACAAACGCUACAUGUUAGUUGGACCCAGAAUGAGUAUAGGAUCUACUAUAGUCCCAGGCAGCCAUGCCAAUACUCUGGUGCUUCCUGACAGGAGGAGAGCAUCUGUGGAGGUAUUUCUACGUAAUAGGAAGUAUAUGAACAUUUAUAUAUGGGGAAGUGGCCUAUCCCUAAAACGCUGUUAUUGUUCUUGUGAUGGAUUAUUGAUGAUAUCGGGUUUAAUCAUGGAACAAAGAAGACGCGAUCCACGAAGGGUGCAAGGAUGUUUGAUGGGCUGCGUGGUUGCUGUGCUUUUGUGGAAUGUAGCAGCGGCGCAAUUAAGAUAUUCCAUCUCCGAGGAGGUAAACGAAGGGACUGUGGUUGGAAAUGUAGCGAAAGACCUGGGCUUAGAUAAAAAUACGUUGAGAGACAGGAAGUACCGGAUUGUUACUAGUAAUACAGAUCCACUUUUUCACGUAAACCCGAACGAUGGCAUCCUGUAUGUGAGCCGAAAGAUUGACAGGGAAGAGGUGUGCGCGCAGAGCAGUGCAUGUUUAAUAAAUCUAAAAUCUGUGCUGGAAAAUCCGCUGGAAGUUCACUACGUUGGCGUGGAGGUGCUGGACAUAAAUGAUCAUUCACCCAGUUUCUCGGAGAAAGAGACAACGCUGGAGAUUUCAGAGUCCGUGUUGCCCGGUGCACGAUUUCAGCUGAAAGCAUCUCGGGAUCGAGACAUUGGUCAUUUUUCUGUUCAGCAAUAUAAACUUAGCCAUAACGACCACUUUCGAUUGGAAGUUAAAGAUAAAGGAGAAGAUGGUAAAAUACCUAUUUUAGUGGUGCAAAAGUCUUUGGAUAGGGAAGCUGCAGGAAGCCAUUCAUUAGUGCUGACGGCGAUGGAUGGGGGGAAACCUCCGAAAUCUGGUGACAUGAAUAUUAUAGUAAAUGUUUUAGAUAUUAACGACAAUGCGCCCGUAUUCACUAAAGAUAUUUAUUCUGUGAUGCUCGAUGAAAAUGCUCCAGUAGGCACAACAGUCAUACAAGUGAAUGCAACUGAUUUAGAUGAUGGUCCCAACGGAGAGGUAGUUUAUUCGUUCAGCAAGAGUUUGAAUCAAAAUAUAUUAAACCUAUUUGAUAUAAAUCAAUUAACAGGUGAGAUAACUGUGAAAAGUUUAAUAGACUAUGAGAAGAAGGACAAAUAUGAGAUAGAAAUUCAAGCAUCAGAUAAAGCUCUUGCUCCUCUGACUACAGAGAAAAGCGUCAUUAUAAAGAUAGUUGACGUGAAUGAUAAUGCACCUGAGAUUGAGGUUACCUCAUUUUCCAGCUCCAUCCCUGAAGAUUCCAGACCUGGAACUACAGUUGCACUUAUCAGUGUAAAUGAUUUGGACUCUGGCCUUAAUGGAAAAGUUAUUUGCUCCAUAGGUGAGGAUGUUCCUUUUACUUUAUCGCCAUCAUUACAAGACAAAAUGUAUUCUUUAAUAACUAAAUCGCCUUUAGACAGAGAAAAACUGCAUUUAUUUGACCUAACAAUAAUGGCAAAAGAUGCUGGUGAACCGCCAUUAUCAUCUGAAAAGAUGAUAAGUGUUGUAGUGUCAGAUGUGAAUGACAAUAGUCCAGAGUUUUCACAGAGCCCCUAUACUUUCUAUGUUACUGAAACUAAUAAGGCAGGUACCUCUUUAUUUUCGGUUAAAGCUUUUGAUUGCGAUGAGAACGACAAUGCAGUAAUUUCAUAUCAUAUUUUCAGAGAUGGAAGCGAGGAAAAUAAAUUAACUUCAUUUCUUAACAUAAAUAGUGAAAAUGGAGAUAUUCUGGCACUAAAGAGUUUUGACUUUGAAACUCUGAAAACGUUCCACUUCCAAGUUGUUGCUACAGAUUCUGGAACUCCGUCACUAAGCAGCAACGUCACAGUGAACGUGUUCAUUCUGGAUCAGAACGACAACGCUCCAGUCAUCCUGUAUCCAGUCAGCUCCAACGGUUCUGCUGAAGGUGUGGAGGAGAUUCCCCGCAAUGUCAACGCAGGACACUUGGUGACUAAAGUCAGAGCCUAUGACGCUGAUAUAGGAUAUAACGGCUGGUUACUGUUUUCACUGCAGGAAGUUACUGACCACACUCUCUUUGGUUUGGACCGCUAUACAGGACAGAUCAGAACACUUCGCUCAUUCACAGAGACAGACGAGGCUGAGCAUAAACUGGUCAUACUGGUGAAAGACAAUGGCAACGUUUCACUCUCAGCAACAGCUACUGUGAUUGUCAAAGUUGUGGAGGCCAAAGAAGCUUUUGCAGCUUCUGAUGUUAAAAGUGCAGCAAAGGAUGAGGAGGGGAAUGAUGUGACUUUUUAUUUGAUGAUAACUUUGGGCUCAGUAUCUGUACUUUUUAUCAUUAGUAUCAUCGUGCUGAUUGCCAUGCAGUGCUCCAAAACCACAGACUAUACUUCAAAAUAUCUACAAGAGACAAAUUAUGAUGGGACACUAUGUCACAGCAUCCAGUACAGAUCUGGAGACAAACGCUACAUGUUAGUUGGACCUAGAAUGAGUAUAGGAUCUACUAUAGUCCCAGGCAGCCAUGCAAAUACUCUAGUACUUCCUGACAGGAGAAGAACAUCUGAAGAGGUAAGACAUAUUUAUUAA